AUGCUCACAGACUUGAGCUCCAACGGCACUGGAGUUAAUAGUGAAAUUUUGGGCCGAGGAUCCACCAUUCUUCUUCGUAGCGGUGACAAGAUCUCAUUCGCUAAAUCAGGAACAUACAUUUUUCGUUAUCUAAACGAUGGACAAGAGAACGCCCACCACCGGUCGUUUUUCGAUGACUACAUCCUUUUGAACCAACUCGGGUCUGGACAUUACGCUGUGGUGAAGGAAGCGAGGGAUAGGACAAACGGAGACAUUGUUGCCGUGAAGAUCUUUCAUCCAAACAAAACAGGUUCCGCAUCAGCAACAGAUGACGCCAAACUUCGCCAAGAGAUGGAGUUACUUCUCUCCAUUAAUCAUCCUAACAUCGUUAGGUUCAUCUCCCACUACGUAGAACCCAUCAAUGAGUUCUCGUCCACCACGUACCUUGUACUCGAAAAGGUCAACAGUGGAGAGUUAUUCCAGAGGAUUAUCAAUAAGCUGAAACUCGGACAGAGUGAAACACGAGCUAUUUUCAAGCAACUUCUAUCAGGAUUGCGCUAUUUACAUGAGAAAAACAUUAUUCACAGGGAUAUUAAGCCCGAGAACAUUUUGCUAGAUAUUACUCCAAGGACGUCUGAACACCAGGAGCAGACUGGACCUUGGGAUCAUGACGAAUUUGACGUUCGAGUCAAAAUCGCAGACUUCGGAUUAGCAAAAUUUAUCGGCGAACUCAAGUUCACCAACACCCUUUGUGGUACACCCGCAUAUGUUGCUCCGGAAGUGCUCAAUAAUAAUCGCAACUACUCCACGAAAGUGGAUAUCUGGCUGGCCGGAGUCUUGUUGUAUGUGUGCUUAUGUGGAUUUCCUCCUUUCAGCGACGAGUUAGGUCCCCCAUCGAUGCGGGACCAGAUUCUCCAAGGCAAGUACGCAUUCUACUCACCAUUCUGGGAUGAUAUUAGCGACAGUGCGUUGGAUUUGAUCACAAACUUGCUUUUGAUCGACCCUUCUCAACGUUACAAUGUCCAAGAAACCUGUGCCCAUUAUUGGUUCAACGAGGUUGACUCAUUACCAUCCCUGACUUUGAUUAAGGCGGGAGAUAAGAGUAAAACUCCAUCUACCCAGAGAGCACCAGUUCAUUGCGACAGUCAUCCAAUAACCCUCCGAGAGAAACACACAUCCGAAAUCAACGCUGAUCAGGACAUUUAG